AUGAGAAUACGUAUACGACAUGCUAAUGGCAUGGCAACUCUUUCAAAUGUUUCAGCUGAACAAACAGUUUUAAAUCUAAAACAGGAAAUCUCUAAUCUUCUUAAUCUUACUUCAAGUCAGGACGUUCAAAUCUCAGGGGGAUAUCCACCGAAGCCAAUAACUAUUACCAGUAAUAAUGUAUCAUUGGUUGAGGCUGGUAUUAGGGAUGGUGAUACUCUAAAUAUCAAAGUAAUUGAAUCUACUAUUCCUCAGCAGCAAAUAACAACAUCACAAAGAAGUUUAAUAAAAGAAGGCCUGAUUGAAACACCACAUGGUUUUCUUACACUUCGAGUUAUGGAUGAUGAUAACUCUUGCUUAUUUCGAUCUAUAGGUAAGCUCUGUUAUGUUAUAAGAAAUAAUACUUUUAUAACUCAAGAACUUCGACAAGUUAUAGUCGAAGGUAUAAAAGCAGACCCUGUAAUGUAUUCUGAUGCUACACUUGGUCAGCCCAAAGACAAAUACAUGGAAUGGAUCUUGAAACCUAAUUCGUGGGGAGGAGCUAUUGAAAUUGAUAGUAUAGACGUUCAAACAGGUCGAAUCGAUAAAUUUGACUAUGACGCAUUGGCACUUGCACCUGCAAGCGAUAGUCCUCUAGAAUUUGAUCAGACGAGAUUCUCUACUGAUGAUGAAUCUGUUCUUACGGCUGCAAAGCUAUUGGUAGAUGAUUUAAGAAAGAAACAUAAAUAUACAGAUGUAGCAAACUUUACAUUAAAAUGUGAAGAAUGUAAAAUAGGCUUAAAAGGUGAAAAAGGUAUGUUUCCCAAUGACUUUAUCAUUUUAUAUUUCAAUGUACUAAUAAUGUAUAUAUAA